GAGUGAGCGCAGCUGCUGGAGGAGCAGGGCUUUAUUUCACUAGUGUUUCCAGCCUGGAUGGUUUAUUUAGUGCUGUCUGUGUUUGAGUGUUCAUCCAGAGGAGUCAAGCCAAGCGUCUAAGAGGGAGCAUGAUGUAUACAGGCGUCCUGAGCGCCGUGACCUUGUGUGUGGACGGGAUGACGUGCGGCAGCUGUGUCCAGACCAUAGAAGAGCAGAUUGGAGGACUGCCGGGUGUAAUCCACAUCGAGGUGUCCUUGGAGCACAAGAAUGCCACAGUGAUAUUCGACCAAGCAAGUCACACUCCAGAAUCUUUAUCAGAUGCCAUUGAGGACAUGGGCUUUGAGUCGAGGGCAACAAAUGCUACUCCAGUCACGGCUGUUCAAACAGAAGUGAGGCAGUUUCCUGUCCGCAGCAGGUGUAGUGCAGAAUCUCUCUCUCAACUCCGCCAGCUCAAAGGUGUACUGGAGGUCAAGGAGAACGGCGAAGGCAAGAACUUGACCGUCAGGUUCAUCCCAGCUCUUGUGAGCAUCGAGAGAAUCCAGGAAAUGCUGAACACACUGGUGUCACUGUCCAGCUCUGGCAACACUUCCGCAGAUCAGGCGAGUUCUGGUAGUGUGGAGUUGCUGAAGAUGCGCAUCGAGGGCAUGACCUGUCUGUCCUGCACCACCACUAUCGAGGGCAAGAUCGGAAAACUAAAAGGCGUUCAGAAGAUUAAAGUAAAUCUCGAGUCCCAGGAAGCCUCGGUGUCGUACUUGCCUUACCUCAUCACCGUAGAUGAGAUCGUGAAGCAGAUCAGUGUAGCAGGCUUCAAGGCUUCGGUGAAGUCCAAGCCUCGUCAGUUACAGCUCUCGUCAUUGGAUCACCUACUGAAUGCUUCACGAUCCACACAUUGUUCUCCAGACGGUAGCACCAAGGAGGAGGAUGCAGACUUCAUCACGUCCAUCACCACGUUAAUAGACGUUACAGGAAUGCAUUGUAACUCAUGUGUGGUGAACAUCCAAGACAAUAUAAGCAAGCUGGCAGGAGUCAUCUCAGUCCAGGUCUCCUUGGAGAAAGGACAGGCUGUAAUCCAGCACAAUCCAAAUCUAGUGACAGCGCUAGACCUACAGAGGGCCAUCGAAGUGCUACCACCAGGGAAAUUUAAGACCCGUUCAUCUUUGCGCGAGGCCGCAUCACCAGCUUCUGCCUCCGAACAAUUCACCGCGACGUCCUCUGGCUUCUUGCAGCCGCUGGAUUCUGUAGCUCAAAUCCACAUCGAGGGAAUGACCUGUAACUCGUGUGUAGAGACCAUCAAGAGCACCAUCUCUCGGAGGAAAGGCGUGAGAUCAGCACACGUGUCCUUGGCUAACCAUCAGGGUACGUUUGAGUACGAUCCACUCGUCACUACGUCAGAAGAACUGCGAGCAGCCAUUGAGGAUAUGGGCUUUGAUGCAUUUCUGCCUGAGACAAAUUCACUGGUGCCGACGGAAGUGAAAAGUCCUCCAUCUGUACAGAAAUCUGCUUCUUCCCCCGCACUCUCUACCAGAAAGGAGAAGGAAGUGGAGAUCGAUGCUGAGUCAACGAAAAACACACAUUCCAAAUGUUUCAUCCAGAUUGGUGGAAUGACCUGCGCGUCAUGCGUAGCCAACAUCGAGAGGAACCUCGAAAACGAGCCCGGUAUCUACUCUGUGUUGGUGGCGCUGAUGGCUAGUAAAGCGGAAGUGCGCUAUAACCCUGGUGUCAUCGACCCACUGAAGAUAGUGGAGUGCAUCAAAGAGCUGGGCUUCACCGCCUCCGUUAUCGAGAACUACGACGGCUCCAAUGGCACCCUUGAGCUUGUGGUCAGAGGGAUGACAUGUGCCUCAUGCGUUCACAAAAUUGAAUCGACCCUAACGAAGCAGAAAGGCAUCGUCUAUGCCUCUGUAGCCUUGGCAACAAACAAAGCUCACGUCAAAUAUGACCCGGAGGUGACGGGCCCUCGAGACAUAAUGAGAUUGAUUGAGAAUCUGGGUUUUGAAGCCUCUCUGGUGAAGAAAGACCGCCCAGGAAAUCAUCUGGAUCACAGCAGAGAGAUACAGCAAUGGAGGAGGUCUUUCCUCAUCAGCCUGGUGUUUUGUGUUCCUGUUAUGGGCAUGAUGAUCUACAUGAUGGUGGUGGACCACCAGAUCGAGGUGACGCACCAUCACAACGCCACACCCGAGGACAGACAAAUGCAUCACUCCAACAUGUUCCUGGAGAGACAGCUCCUCCCUGGCCUGUCCGUCAUGAACAUGCUCUCCUUCCUCUUCUGUCUGCCUGUGCAGUUCAUAGGAGGCCGUUACUUCUACACCCACGCGUACAAAGCAGUGAAGCACCGGACUGCCAAUAUGGACGUGCUGAUAGUCCUGGCGACUUCUAUAGCCUUCACCUACUCUGUCGUCAUUCUGAUGGUGGCCAUGAUGGAGAAGGCAAAGCGCAACCCCAUCACCUUCUUUGAUACCCCCCCAAUGCUGUUUGUGUUCAUCUCACUGGGAAGGUGGCUGGAGCAAAUAGCCAAGAGUAAAACAUCAGAAGCUCUGUCCAAGCUGAUGUCCUUACAGGCGACCGAGGCCACUGUUGUCACUUUAAAUGAGGACACGAUGGCUGUUCUGAGUGAGGAGCAGGUGGAUGUGGAGCUGGUGCAGAGGGGCGAUAUCGUGAAAGUGGUGCCUGGAGGAAAGUUCCCAGUAGACGGGAGAGUAAUUGAUGGAAACUCGAUGGCAGAUGAGUCGCUCAUCACAGGUGAAGCCAUGCCUGUGACAAAAAAGCCAGGAAGCACAGUGAUCGCAGGCUCCAUCAACCAGAACGGCGCUCUGCUGAUUCGAGCCACACACGUGGGCACGGACACUACACUCUCCCAGAUCGUCAAACUGGUAGAGGAGGCACAGACCUCAAAGGCUCCCAUUCAGCAGUAUGCAGAUAAGAUCAGCGGCUACUUUGUCCCGUUUAUCGUUGGCAUCUCUGUGAUCACCCUCAUUGCCUGGAUCGCAACUGGAUCAUUAGAUUUCUCUGUGGUGAAGAAGUACUUCCCAGAUUAUGAUAGGAGUGUGUCUGAAGUAGAGGCGGUCAUCCGCUUCGCCUUUCAGGCCUCCAUUACUGUGCUUUGCAUCGCCUGCCCUUGCUCUCUCGGUCUGGCAACCCCAACAGCAGUGAUGGUAGGCACAGGAGUCGGGGCACAGAACGGCAUCCUCAUCAAAGGCGGGGAACCUCUCGAGACGGCACACAAGGUUCAGUGUGUGGUUUUUGAUAAAACGGGCACCAUUACCUACGGGACCCCCAAAGUGGUGCAGGUGAAGAUGGUGGUGGAGGGGAAUCGAAUGGCUCGCUCUAAACUACUAGCGAUUGUGGGCACAGCGGAGAACAACAGCGAGCAUCCCCUAGGGGCAGCAAUCACACGGUUUUGCAAACAGGAGCUUGGCACAGAGUCCCUGGGUACUUGUACUGAUUUCCAAGCAGUACCAGGUUGUGGGAUCAGGUGUCAGGUGAGCAACAUGGAGAGCCUGCUGAAGAGAGAGGACAGUGACAGUGAGGAGAAUGAACGCAACGCCAUCCUCGUGCAGAUCAGUGACCCCAGAGCCAGCUCCAACGCUCAUCCGCUCAUCAUGGACCCACAGCCACUGACUUUGGUGCAGUCAGCCUCAUACACAGUCCUGAUCGGGAACAGGGAGUGGAUGAGACGCAACGCCCUCCACAUACGGGCCGAAGUGGACGACGCCAUGAUCGAGCAUGAGAGGAGGGGGCGGACUGCUGUACUGGUAGCUGUGGACGGUGUGCUGUGUGCCAUGGUUGCCAUAGCAGACACUGUGAAGCCAGAAGCCGAGUUGGCUGUACACACACUCGCCUCUAUGGGCCUGGAGGUGGUUCUGAUGACUGGCGACAACAGCAAGACAGCACGAGCCAUUGCAGCACAGGUUGGCAUCAGAAAGGUGUUUGCCGAGGUCUUGCCCUCUCACAAGGUGGCGAUGGUGGAGCAGCUGCAACUGGCAGGGAAGCGUGUGGCCAUGGUGGGAGACGGCGUGAACGACUCACCAGCUCUGGCCAAGGCAGACGUGGGCAUCGCCAUUGGCACAGGCACCGAUGUCGCUAUUGAAGCAGCAGAUGUGGUGCUCAUCAGGAACGAUCUCCUGGAUGUUGUUGGAAGCAUCGACUUGUCAAAGAAGACUGUCAAAAGGAUCCGUAUUAACUUUGUAUUUGCACUAAUUUACAAUCUUGUAGGAAUUCCUAUAGCAGCCGGUGUGUUCAUGCCUAUAGGACUGGUUCUGCAGCCGUGGAUGGGUUCUGCCGCUAUGGCUGCUUCUUCUGUGUCUGUGGUCCUUUCUUCCCUUUUACUCAAAUGUUACACUAAACCCAGUGCUGAGAAACUGGAGCAGCAGCUACACGGGCAGCGUAAACUGGGCAGCCUGUCAGACGUCAGCGUUCACAUCGGCAUGGGCGAACUGCGUCGGCCCUCGCCCAGACUCAGCUUACUCGACCGGAUCGUCAACUACAGCCGAGCCUCGAUCAACUCCCUGCGCUCAGACAAGCAGUCGCUCAACAGCAUGGCCUUGAGCGAGCCGGACAAACACUCGCUGCUCGUAGGCGGAGCUCACUGUGACGAGGACAUCGUCUGAUGGGGUGUUACCAGGAGCAUCCCUAACACACCUCAGUGCCUGUAGAGUGUAAGGGGAACCAAAGCGUGAUCUCUCUCUCUCACACACACACACACACACACACCAGAUCAGUUCUGCUUAAAGCUGCAUCACUCGCUGUGGUAACUUCUCACUGGAAGUUCUUGCACCAGUCUCCAUGUCUCUGCAGCACCGUGUGUGUGUGAGAGAGAGAGAGAGCUUAGAGCCAAAAUUGUAAGGGAAAAAGUAGGAACUCUGACUGAGAUGAUCAUGUGGCUGGUUUUUGUUUUUUGUUUUGUUUUUUAAACUGACAAUCUGCAUAACCCAAAGAAAUCUGGACACGCCACAUUUUAUUCCUGCAGCAAGCGUGUCGAGUUUUAAGACGUUAAUUAAAAUAUUUAUGUCACUUAUUUAUACAUUUAUAAUGUAGGAAAUGCAACAAAGGAAGUUAGAGAUAUAAUUUUAUUUAUCCAAAUAUUUUCCACUGACUCUCUGAUCAGUAAAUGUACAUUAGUUACUUUUACCGUGCUCAGUGUUCACAUACUCAACACUCAAACUGCUGCUGUUCAGCCGUUCCUGACUCCGUACAAGUACUGCACUCGAGCUUGUUUUUAAUUUUGAAGAAUAUCGAUAUGAUGAGACAAAACACAUUCCAAAGAAGGCGUUUGACCUCUUACCUCUGAAGAAAGAACAAAGAAAAAUGAAAAACGUAGAGAAAAUUUGUCAGUAAGCAUGGAAGGAAAAAAAAAAAAAAACAGUGUAGGCUUCAUUAUCUGUAGCAUCACGUCUUUUAUAUCAUUAAAUACAGAUGUCACUUAUUGGUUCUUGUGUGUAAGGUUUUUCCCACGCAUUCUUUUUCAAAUAUUACCUGAAUUGUCAACCCAAAACACUACUUAAAGCUGUCCUGCCUUUCAGAUUUUAAGUGUAGGUCAUAAAAACAAUUUUCCCCGACACCCAAUUAUUUUUGUUUAGUGGACCGAAAGCUACUGAAUUCGAAUCAUAGACUUCCAAUUUUAUUAUUAUUUAAAAAAAAAAAAAAAAAAGCAAUUAAUGAAUUUAGAACCACGUGGCCCUAAAUUCUCCAUUAUUUUUUCCUGCUUCACCAUGACGCAAUACAAGAUACUACAUCACGCAUGACGUGGUGGGCUUUCCCCGUUCGCGCAAGGCAUUGUUGGGAUACAAAUGUGACGCCUCACCGAAUCCAGGGACGCAUGUCGGCUGAAACGAAUCCGAGAUAAUCGCAAAAGCAGCAUUUUUUUUUCGAAAUUUGUGAUUUUUGUUUUUUUCCAUCAUGUGCAAGUUGAGAUCUUGAAGAAUGCAAUCAGUAUUUCACAUAAUAGAUUGUUUUGUUGGAAAAGCAUACAUUUUUUGUUGCAAAUUGUCUCGUUUUUGUCAGGACUGUAGCCUGCUGGGGGGUGUGGGUAAAUUACCAUAUGGGCCAUUCACGUGAUGAUUUAAGUCUUUUGGGUUUUUUUUUUCGCGAAUCAGCUGUAUGAUACGAGCUGAGCUCGUGGCUACUUAGCUGCAUACAGGUGUGUAAUUUCACUAUGGAAUGAGCAAGCUAAACAGAGCGCAGAGGAGCUGAAACACCGCGAAGCAAACAGACACACGGUAUUUACAUCGGAGAUAACCAUUUCUAGCAAAAAAAACCGCAACCUCGUUUUCCAGAUUGAAUGGAAUACUUGAAUGAUCGGAUGAUACACGGACCGUUCUAGGACUACAUUCCAUCGGAGGCAUUGGUGUGUGCAAGGCGCCGUUUCUCUUUCUGAUGGGGUAAGUUUAUUAAUCUAAGGCUGUGUGGUUAUUUUUGCAUGUAACGGAGAGUGUUGUGGUUUGGUUAAGCCUAGGUCACAACCGGACGUACGAUUUUUUGGUCGUGUGAUUUUUGGCGUUUCCCAAAUCGCUGCGGUUUUUUUGUUGUUGUUGUUCAUGGAGAAAGACGCACGUUGGCCGUAAGUUUGUCUUGCAACCUGAAAAAAACGUAAGCGCCUGUAGAGUUUGUUUGACAUGACAAAGAACCUCUGCGGCCGGUCUGCGGCUCGAAAAUCAGCACAUCACAUGCGCGCUCUCGUGCGUUUCUUGCGUUUUUUGCAUGUAGACUGGCCGUAGGAGCACAUACGGCCGGUUGUGACCGAGGCUUUACAUGAAACUAGCGUUGUUAGUUGUGUUAUCAUCGUGCUAUCUUUCUUUCUUACGGUGUGAGUAAUUUUUCAACCACAAAACGUUAAAGUAUACUUUAGGACUUAUUUUUGUACUUCAUAAUUGUGCUGGGCAUACUUUGCAUGGAAGGAAAAUUGACGUGGUGAUCUUUGUUUACAUGAAAGUAGCAUCGUGCUAGCUCGUAGGGGGUGGGGCUUUCCUUAAUGUCAUGCAAAUGAGCAGCAUUAUGUGGCCACCCUGCACCCAGAGUAGCUGAGAUGGAAAACUUUGAGGGCGAUUUUUCUCCCUUUUCUGUUUUAAGAAGUAUACACUUUCAAAAGGCCACACAUUCUUCAAAUAUUGUCAGAUCUCCACAUGGAAGGCAUCAUUGGAAAGCUUAGAAACUGUACUUUCUGAAUCUGUCAAUAACUCAAAAUGCCCCCGGGCAGACAUGUGUCCCUGGAUUCUGUGAUCUGCCACAAAUUUGAACCAGGAGAGAAAAAUGGAGGACGCGAGUGUGCGAAUGAAACGUGAAAGACCGACUACAGUAACGGAAAGAAAGCGAGAAGAAAAGACGUUAUGUUAUAUACGAAGGAAGGGAAACACAGGAAAUAUCAAACUAAUAAAUAUCGGCGGUCAGCGAGCACCUCGGUGUGAUCAGCUGUUCGUUUAGCGACAGAAUGAUGGAACUGUCAGUGCUCGCUCAAAGGUAAACCUGCGCAUGCGCACACACACACACGGACUUCCUCUGUCUGCUCGACUGCGCUAUCUCUCAUGUUAUUUGCUUUCAUCCCCUCAAAUUAAAUAACUUCCCAGCCACAGAAUUGUUUUUGAGGCAUUACAGAAAUAAACAUAUAUCGCAAUGACCAAAUUUCAGCGGGAACUAAAUUUCACUGAUUUUAUGAAAUCAAAAGGCCGUCUACUUUUAAGCCUAGUUAAAACAACGGAUGGGGAAAGUCGAGAAACUGCCCUGAAAGAACCUGAAUUGAAGUCUUAGGAUUUAGAUUUGACUUCUACCAGAGUCGUACUUUAUCAUUCGCUGAUCACAUGAGAAAGCAAGCUGCUUAGGAAUCAAAACUUUGUCAGUUUAAUUAAAGCUAAUUGCUUUAGGGUUCUGCUGUGGAUGCAUUAAGCAAGCAGUGACAGUCCAGUGGUAAGGCGUGUGUGUGUGGGGAGGUAUAACAAAAAAAAAAAAUGGAGUAAACAAGACACACCUCUGAAGAAAUUGCUUGAUCAAGAGAAAGACAGACAGCUGAUUUAGCACAGUUCCUAGAUUGGGGAAGAGAUUUACGUAAUUGUGUAAAAAAAAAAAUUUAUAUAUAUACAUGCGCACACUACCGUUCAAAAGUUUGGGGUCCCUUUGAAAUGUGCUUAUUUUUGAAAGAAAAGCACUGUUCUUUUCAAUGAAGAUCACUUUAAACUAAUCAGAAAUCCACUCUAUACAUUGCUAAUGUGGUAAAUGACUAUUCUAGCUGCAAAUGUGUGGUUUUUGGUGCAAUAUCUCCAUAGGUGUAUAGAGGCCCAUUUCCAGCAACUCUCACUCCAGUGUUCUAAUGGUACAAUGUGUUUGCUCAUUGCCUCAGAAGGCUAAUGGAUGAUUAGAAAACCCUUGUACAAUCAUGUUAGCACAGCUGAAAACAGUUGAGCUCUUUAGAGAAGCUAUAAAACUGACCUUCCUUUGAGCAGAUUGAGGCCAAGUUUACAUUAGACCGUAUCUGUCUCGUUUUCUUCCCGGAUGCACUGUCCGUUUACAUUAAAACGCCUGGAAACGCCGGGAAACAGGAAUCCGUCAGGGUCCACGUAUUCAAUCCAGAUCGUGUCUGGUCCGGUGCUGUGUAAACAUUGAGAAUACGCGGAUACGCUGUGCUGAGCUCUAGCUGGCGUCGUCAUUGGACAACGUCACUGUGACAUCCACCUUCCUGAUUCGCUGGCGUUGGUCAUGUGACACGACUGCUGAAAAACGGCGUGGACUUCCGCCUUGUAUCACCUUUCAUUAAAGAGUAUAAAAGUAUGAAAAUACUGCAAAUACUGAUGCAAAUACUGCCCAUUGUGUAGUUAUGAUUGUCUUUAGGCUUGCCAUCUUUCCACUUGCAAGUAGUAAGUGAUGUGCGCUGGGAUCACACACACAGCGGCUCAGUCCCGAAUCACUGCUCGUGUGCUUCACUCGCGCGCUCUGUGAGCUGCGCAGGGCCGGAGUGCGCACCCUCCAGAGGGCACUCGCUGUUCAGGGCGGAGUGAUUUGGAGCGCAGGAUGCCUGCGGAGCCGAGCGUAUCCGUGUAUUGGCGUUGCUGUGUGCACGCAAAUCGUUUUAAAAACGUUAAUCUGAUGAUCCGCUGAUACGGUCUAAUGUAAACCCCACCUGAGUUUCUGGAGCAUCACAUUUGUGGGGUCGAUUAAAUGCUCAAAAUGGCCCGAAAAAUGUCUCGACUAUAUUUUCUAUUCGUUUUACAACUUAUGGUGGUAAAUAAAAGCGUGACUUUUCAUGGAAAACACAAAAUUGUCUGGGUGACCCCAAACUUUUGAACGGUAGUGUGUAUAUAUAUAUCUAUCAAACACUGAUACAGUGCGUUAUAUAAGAUGCUACCCAGUUGUAUAUGUGCUAAUGUUAAUUGGUGAGACCAUUUUCACAAUUUUAUUAUUAAUUAUAUGAAACGUUCCUAUACAGAGAGAUGGAUAAAAAGUAAAUUGUUUUUGAGCUGCUAUUCAUGUAUUGUGUUGAAGGAUGCUUCUCGUUUUCAAAUUACAUAUUAACGUGACCGCAAACCACAGUCCUAAAAACCUUAAACUAUUGGUCAUGGGCUGAGGGAAAUGAAUGAAAUUAACUUGUUUUUUUAAUCACACAGUGGAAAAGUUGUAACUUUAUCCAGCAUCUGUGCCAACAUGAUGGUCGGUGUUUUGAUUGAUUUAAAAAAAAAAAGGCAGCUUUAUCAUUAUGUAUCAUCAUCAUCAGUAUUUGCAGUCUGUCAAAUCGAUGAUGACUGUUCUUUAGUUGGUUUCAUUCUAACUUGUGAUCUCAAAGCCUUCCAGGAGACUUUGUCAUUUGCCUGGAACUGCUGCUGUCUAGCUGUAUCGAUAGCUUUCCUCUUCAUGUUCCUCUUUGAAUCUCAGAUGUGGUCUUCUCUGAUCCCUCUUCCCAUUGCACAUUCGGAACCGUUUCAUAGAGCUGCAUGCAAGUCAAGUUUAAAGUGCAACUCGCUUUUGGCAACCAGAAAUAUGGUCCAGCGGGCAAGGACACGCUGGUGUUUUGUUUGCUGCGAACAUAAAUAGGUUUAUUUAUCCCUGCUCUUGGGUGAUGCCACCACAGACCUUGAGACAGAUUGUGUAUUCGGUUCUGCCAGGAUGCCCAGUCUUACCCUCCUCACAUAGGCAAGCCUCAUAGGGUAACCAUGAGGUAGGUUUAGUCACGGGUUACUCAACCAUGAAGCAGGUUCACCCGAUUACGUUACCAAUAGCAGGCAAACUCUGACCUGACACACUCAUGUCAUUAUAUACAGGGUGUUUCAACAAAUUUGAUAUUAUUUGAGAUGUAAAUAUCCCAGAAACUACAUAGUCCAGGCAUAUGAAACCUGAACAAGCUUAAAGGAGAACUGAAGGCAAAUUUUUUUUAUCAUCAAAAUUCUAUUUAUCUCAUUUUAUUAAAUAUCGGAAUGCAUUUUUGAUCGCUAUUUUGUCACUGCUAGAGCAAGUUAUGAGUGUUUGAAAUACGCUCUGUAAUAUAUCAGUCCAUAUGUCAAAGCGACGGCUGUAAACGAGAUUCGUUGAGACCUGUGCGAGACAUCGUAGGACGGAAGUAAAACGUACAGCGCAAAUCAAAGCGACCGACAUCUGCCGACAUCGCCAAAAGACGCGCGCGCCCUCUUUCAAAUGCUGACGUGAUCAAGCCGGAAGUUUUGUUUGUUUUGAUAGCAAUCAGGGAAGUUUGAAAAAAGUAGGCAGUAAUCGUCAUUUAAACUCGUUUUUGUGCAAUACUUCGUUUGGAAAACAGUUUUCAAAAUGGCGGCGCCGACACCUGGCUGACGCUUCACGUUUCGAAGUCUCGCACAAGUCUCGUGAAGAUCGCGCGGAUAAGCGACGCCUGCCGUGGACCAAACGAACUAAAUUCAACACGGCUAAAAACCGAAUAGGCCGAUAAGUCUAAUAUUUAAUUGCGAUUAGUUGCCAAUACGAGUCACGAUAUAAGGUUAUCGAAAACGUCAUUGAAUAACACGUUAAUUAAGAAAUAAAGCAAGUUUUAAAAUGACUUCAGUUCUCCUUUAAUGUUGAGCAAUGUAAGAUUUAUUCCUCAAAAUUUGAACAAGAAAUUCAAAGGUGCGUGGAUUCCAUGACCGAUGUCACAAAUUUUCAAUAUUCGCGAACCCGCUCAUUCGACCGUCUCUUCCAAUACUGGUGGUCGUCCAGAUCCUUUUGCCCUGCACACACAGACAGCCUUCCUCUUCGAACUUUUUGUGCCAUGUCCAAAUCUGCAUCGCAGUUGGUGCAUUUUUCGAGAAUUCUGUCAUAAAUUCACGCUGCGCAGUCUUGUUCGCGCGUACUCAAACACACAAAACGCCUUUUCUUUUCCAGUGAAUGGCAUUUCUGUACGUAAAAAGAUCUCAUCUCAUUAUCUCUAGCCGCUUUAUCCUGUUCUACAGGGUCGCAGGCAAGCUGGAGCCUAUCCCAGCUGACUACGGGCGAAAGACGGGGUACACCCUGGACAAGUCACCAGGUCAUCACAGGGCUGACACAUAGACACAGACAACCAUUCACACUCACAUUCACACCUACGGUCAAUUUAGAGUCACCAGUU